AUGAUCUCUAUUGAUGAGGUUCUAUCUAAAUUUCCAGAAUGUAAAAGAAGACUUGAUGAAAAGGUACAUGACUCUAUAACACAUGAAGGAGGUCUUAGUAAAGAUAAAUUAUGUAAGGAAAGUAAGUAUAAAUUAAAAGAUUUAAUUCGAAAUAUAUAUGACCCAGAAAAAAUAUGUCUACAAGUUCAGGAAUACUUAGGAGAAAUAAAUAAUGAGUUAAAUAAAAGUUUAAAUAAAGCAGCCUGUGCAUACUUUUAUUACUGGAUAUAUGAUGAACUUCUUAAAGAUGAGAAAAAAGAAAUUAAAAACAUUCCAAUUAUUUAUAAUGAAUUUGUCGAUAUAUUUAUAAAAACAAUCAAAGAACAUAAUAAUAUUUGCAAGAAUUCUGAUGAUAUUAUUAAAGAAGAGGAUGUGCCAAAACUUACAAUCAUAUAUGAUAUGUACAAGAAUGAGGAAUAUAUGAAAAAGGCUUGUUUACCUAAUAGGGUCGAUGAAUAUUGUAAUGCGCUUAGAGAUUAUAUAAAGAAGUAUAAUAAUAUAACUCAAGCUAUACUUAGUGAAAUUCAUGAACCCUUUAAAAGAGAUAUACUACCAUCACAUGGAUAUAAUAUUGGAAGUACUAUUAUAAUUACAAUUUUUGCAACAUUAUUAAUAUCAAUUUUUUUAUUUGUUUUAUAUGAGUUUACAACAAUUGUUUCAUGGUUACGUCGUACAAUAUUAUGCAAAAGAAAAGGAUUAAAUAACAUAGAAGAAAAAUGGGAAAAAUAUGAAGGGUCUGAUAUAUACUACACUAUGUCAAGAAACAAUGAAAAUAAUAUAUUAUAUCAUUCUAAAUAA